AAAAAAACUUGUUUUUGAAAUGCGAUUCAAAUGGAUGAGUCAAAAAAUACUGAAGCAGAGAGUAUUUCUUGGUACAGUCAUAUGCAUAUUGGUUCUUUUCUUAAACAUCUGUCAUAUAUUGCUACAAACUACAAAGUUUGACGUUUCUGUUUAUACUGCUUCGCUCAAGAACCAAACAGAAUUUCACAGUGACUUCAGUUUCUAUUUUGAAGAGCUAUCUAACGAGACUCAUGCUAAUCAAGUUGUAUGCGACGGUAUCGCUUCUUCUGCUGAGUUGACUAACGAAACCUUGUCCAAGUUUGAACGGUACUACUUGAAACAAAGGCAACUUGGAUAUCAUUCCAUGAAACCUUCUGUAGAAACUCGUUCACGGGGAUUUUUCAAGUGGUUUUCUUUUUUUGACAAGAAAACUUCUUUAGUUCCUACUGAAACUUCCAAAAACAUAGCCUUCUCAAUACAAGUUUCUUCGAACAAUAUAGAGAUGGUUCCCCGGCUCAUGCGAGCAGUCUAUCAUCCAGACAACGUUUAUGCUGUUCAUUUUGAUGCGAAAAUACCAACUGUUCAAGUCCAAGAAUGUUUGAUCGAAUUGGCUAGGCAACACUUUUUUCGUCUAAACGGAGAUGGGCUUGAAGCAAAAGAUGCAACAGAUGAGAUGCUUGUAAAUCAAACGAAAUAUUUUCCUGAUAACAUACAUUUCGUUCCACGCGAACCAGUCACCUAUUCGGGUAUUACGGUAGUGCUGAAUACAAUUCGCCUUAUGACAUAUUUGCUUCAAAAUGAUGAGAGGUGGGAAUAUUACAUCAACCUGUCUGGUUCUGAUUAUCCUCUUGUAUCUCCUCAUUUUUUACGACGUCUAUUGGGUAGAAUACCGGAAUAUCAGACUUUGAAUUUCUUAUGGAGCGACCCCAAUCCAGCUCAAUAUCAAUAUCGUUUCAAGCCUGUAAUUGUGGAUUCAAGCCUCUAUAGCUUUACUCCUCCUCAGAAUGACACUCCUUCAACUGCAGAUUUGCAUUGGUUGCAAUGUUCAGUAUGUGACGAAGGUGAUUUAAAACGGAAAAAGGACAUCGAACAUCCAUUUGGCUCAAAUAAAUACUUUCGUACUUUUAAGAGUGAAGCUUGGAUGGUUGCGUCGAGAGAGUUUUGUCGAUAUGUAGUCACAUCAUGGGAGGCCAAGCAACUUCUCGCAAGGCUCACUAACUCUUGGAUGACAGAUGAGCAUUAUUUCAUUACAUUGCUUGAGAACAGUGCUAUGUUCAAGGAUACGAGAGUUGACGAUAGUUUACGCAGCGUUACAUGGUACCAUCCUAGGAAACCUCGUGGCCCAACCACACAUCCUCAUAGCGUUGAUGAUGUCGAUCUAUUCUGGUCGAACAUUCGAUGUUCUCGGGCAUUGUUUGCCAGAAAAUUUACCAUUCCGAACGGUGCAAUGCUGGAUCUCAUAGAUAGGGAGUUAAUUGGUGAGGAAGAUACAGAAUAUAGCAAGGAAGUGAUAAGAAAAUUCGAUUAUCUGGUAUCGAAAACACUUGCGAUGAGAAAAGAGUACAUUAAUGCGACACUUGUUGGCAUCUUGAAGAGGUAGGGCGCUAUAUCUUGAAGAAAAUUGUAAGAAAAAGUUUGACCU